AUGUCAAAUCGAGGUGAACCCAACAGCGAGCAUACGCAUUUUCAGGCAUUUUCUCUCUUCACUACAACAGCCAUGAGUGGUCGCGAAGGUGGCAAAAAGAAGCCUCUGAAGGCACCGAAAAAGGAGCAGUCGGAAAUGGACGACGACGAUGUGGCGUUCAAACAGAAGCAGAAGGAGCAACAGAAAGCGCUCGAUGCGGCUAAACAGAAGGCUUCCAAGGGAGGCCCGCUGCUUCAGGGUGGCAUCAAGAAGUCGGGAAAGAAGUGAUCGUACCGAGGGUGCUGGAUCGAAGCGAAGCAACUAACCUUUAAUUACCGCUGCCACUUCAAUCGAUGACCCGGAGGUUAGGUUCUCGGCAAACACACGUUUGCCGUACGCGGACCGUUUUUAUAUGUUAAGCUUCAUCUUUCCGUUUUUACCGUAUCGUGACGGGCUUUGUGGUUCAUGAUGUUUUGGUAAAUAAACUUUCGCCUAAUAAUUGUA